AUGUUGGGGCAUUUGACGUUGGAGCGGGAGGAACCAACUCCGACGCUGGUGGAACGAGUAAUCAUGGGACAACCCAGUGAUCCCUUACUAUCACGGUACCGAGAUCGAAUCAAGGAAUAUAGUCCUAAGGGCUACCGCAUUGACGAGAAAGGAGCACUGCAUUUGGGAAACCGGCUAUAUGUGCCAGAUGACCCCGCGUUGAGACAAGAGAUAUUAGCUGAGGCACAUCAAACAAGACUAGCGAUGCAUCCAGGGGCAAGUGAAAGCAGAGCGACAGAUGUCGGGAGGGAAAUUGCAGCCGUUGGAGAUAUUGUAGUGGAAGUGAGAUUCGAUCGCUAUGGACUUUGCAGUCGGGUUACCACUUACCCCAAGGAAGAAGAACGCUAUUUGGGUAGUGUGGAUCGACUAACCAAAUCUGCUCACUUCCUCCCUAUACGCCUGGAGUAUCCGAUCGAGCGGUUUGCGCAAAUCUACAUUGACGAGAUUGUGAGACUACAUGGGGUGCCGAGUGAGAUCAUCUCGGACCGAUAUGCUCGAUUUACGUCACGCCUAUGGAAGGCAAUACAGGAUGCGUUGGGGACAAAGCUGAAGAUGAGUACGGCAUAUCAUCCCUAG